AGCUUUUUAGAUAUUAGACACCAACUAUCAAAGGAUUACCAUUUUUAAAUAAAUAAAAAAAAAUGAACAUUUAAAUAUUGCUUAUAACAAGUUGCAAAGUAUUUAGGAAUAUUAUCGAAAGUAUAUAAAAUAUGGAGUUUUGUGUAUCUUCAAAAUCAAAAAAAAUAAUAUUCUUUAUUAGUUUUAUUGCAAUACUGACCGUAACUUUAAUAAGUACACUAUAUUACCGCGACAAAACUGUAAAACGCAAAGAAAUAAGAAACUUAAAAUUAUGGGAAAAUAUGAGAUUGGCUGAUGAUAUCGUUCCAUACAGUUACAAUUUAUCAAUCGACGUAAACAUGGGUAAUGACUUAUUCGAUGGCGAGGUCAGUAUUUAUGUAAACGCAAUAAAGUCGACAAAUUUAAUUAUUUUACAUCAAGUUGAUCUCCAAAUUAUAAAUGUUUCGUUAAAAACUAUUGAAGGCAACCAAGUUCAAAUCGAAAAUCACUUUAAAUAUCCGAUAAACGAAUACUACGUAAUUAAAGUUGUUUCAAUGCUCACAGCUAAUAAGGUGUAUAUUAUCUCUAUUGACUUUAACGGAGCAUUGCGUUCAGAUCUUAGUGGAUUUUAUAAAAGUAGUUAUCACGAAAAUAAUAUCACACACUAUGUAGCAUCAACUUUUUUCUCUCCCAUAAGUGCAAGAAAAGCAUUUCCUUGUUUCGAUGAGCCGAAAUUUAAGGCCAAGUUUUUUCUGUCUCUUACUCAUAAUGAAAAAUACCAUGCUCUCUCAAACAUGCCAAAACUAAAUAGCACACAUAACGGAACAAAAAUAACUACUAUUUUUCAAGAAACACUUAAAAUGUCUACAUAUAUUGUUUGCUGGGUAGUUUCAAACUAUAGUAACAUUGAGUUAGUAACUAAUAAUGGGUUAGUUAUAAAAGCUUGGGCACCGUAUAACCAGCUCAUUGAAACAGAAUUUACCUUAAACGCAACAGUAACUCUGCUAACAUUUUUUGAAGACUAUUUUAAAAUACCGUUUCCACUGAAAAAACUAGAUAUUGUUGCAAUACCAAACUUUGGACCAGGAGCGAUGGAGAAUUGGGGUUUAAUAACAUAUAGGUCUGCAAAAAUGCUAAUAAAUAACAAAGUAUCAACAGAAAUAGAUAAGCAAGCAGCAUUUUUGAUUAAUGCGCACGAAUUAGUACAUCAGUGGUUUGGCAACCUAGCAACAAUGAAGUUUUGGACUGACGCCUGGUUAAAAGAAGGUUUUGCUAAUUAUAUUGGUUACUAUGGAUCUGAUCAAAUCGAACCGAGUAUGGAAUCUAUGAAAAAGAUUCUUACUGAAUUGAUGAUACCAGCGUUUAAGUUGGAUUCAUUUUUGACAUCGCACCCAAUAUCCACAAAAGCUACAAGUCCGAAUGAAAUUCGAGAAAUAUUUGAUACAAUAACAUACAACAAAGGUUCAUGUAUGGUUCAAAUGCUUCAUAAUUAUUUAGGAAAAGAAAAAUUCAAAAAAGGACUCCAACAAUAUCUCAACACAUAUGCGUAUUCAAAUGCCGAUCAAGAUGAUUUGUGGAAACAAUUGAGUAUAGCGAGUGGCGAAGAUGUGAAAUCUGUAAUGGACACUUGGACUUUGCAACUUGGUUUUCCAGUUAUUUCCAUCGAACGACUAGACAACAAUACUGUAAUUAUAUAUCAAGAAAGAUUCAGCUUAGACGUUGCAAAUAAAGAUGAACAUUCUCAAUUUAAUUACAUAUGGAAAGUUCCAAUAAUGUACAAAACUAACGGAAGUAUGUUCAAGUAUUUGUUAACUACAAAACAGGCUACUAUUAAAUUUCCAAUAGACGGCAUCAUAAAUCCCGAUCAUGUUAUGUACUACAAAGUAAAUUAUGAUAGAUUAACACUAAAUGCUAUUAAAAAAAAACUGGAACUAAACCACUCGCAACUAUCUGUGCAGGAUCGAACAGGAAUUAUUUCAGAUUUAUUCAGUAUGGUGGCAGCAGGAAAAAUAAAGAUCAAUGAAGCUCUUGAUGCAAUACAAUACAUUAAAAGUGAAGACGACUAUUAUCCGUGGCAGGUAACUUUAUCUGAGCUGAGUUUUAUCAACCAUGUAAAAGAAGAAGAUACUUUUAAAGAAAAGUUUCGCGUUUACGUAAAGAAUUUGAUUUCAAAAAUUGUAAAUGAUGUAGGGUGGGGAAAUACAAACUCUAUUAACAAAGGUCUGCUACAAUCUUUAGUACUAGGAAUGGCAUGUAAAUAUAAUACACAAAAUAUUGUUGACGAAGCUAAAGAAUAUUUCAGAACUUGGAUGAAGGGGGAGAGUAUAAUGGUUAGAUCUGAUCUUCAUCCAUUAAUUCGAGGUUGUGCAAUAUCACAUGGCACUACUGAGUUUUGGGAAUAUGCAUUUCAGACUUAUUUGAAGAGCGGCACUCAAAAAUAUAGUAUUUUAAUGUCUUUGGCAGAAACAAAAAAUGAAACAAUUCUUCAAAGACUUUUAAACUACACUCUUGAUACCAAUAUAAUUGGAUCACAAGACACACCAUAUUUAUUGGGUAAUAUAGCGAGCAGCAGUCGCAUUGGACGCGAACUAACUUGGCAAUUUAUAAAAAAAAACAUUAACAUUUUUUUACAAAGGUAUGGGAAUGAGUUGUUUCUCUUGCCAAGAAUGUUUAGCAGCGUAGUAAGUAGUUUCACCAAAAACCAAGAUUUAAAAGACAUAGAGAUUUUUUUUGACAAUAUCGUGGAUUUAAGAAGUGGAAAGCAAGCAGUCAAACAAUCCUUAGAAAAUAUCAGAUCUAAGCUAGAUUGGAAAAAGAAAAACGAAGAAGACCUUAAUCGAUGGAUAGUGUACAACGUUCACUAGCUGUUCUGUUUAAAGUUAAGACAUAGUAAAAAUAAAUAUGCUAACAAAUAUUUUAUCAUAAUUAUAAAUAUGUCAACAUAUUAACAUAUAUUAACAUAUUUUAAUUAUAUAUAUAUAUAACUAAUAUAUAUUAAUAUAUUUUAUCAGCACGUCAGUAAACUGUCAAUGAAAUAUAUUACUUAUGUAGUUAUAUUUUAUAACAACAUGUUAUAAAAAGCAAUAUAUUUAAAUACUACAA